GGCUUGUCUUUGGGCGAGCGGCGCAAGGGACCUCGGGCCCUGGCCUCUUCCCGUCAAGAUGGCGGCGCCCAGCGCGCACAGCGCCUCGGUAGCCAGAGGUGAAGCUCAGUGACGGCCGAGAGAGUGUGUGGCGGCGUUGCGGACUUUGAAACGCCCGCAUUUGGCUUUCCCGGCGCACGCUGGGUCUAAGGGUAAGAGAUGGAAGAGAGCUUAGAGCUGCACCUUGUACUGCCUUAAAAAUAAACAUUGGAGCCAUGCUUCAGGAUGGCUGUUUCUGUUGGAGUAAAGCAUAUAACAGAGAAAUUGGCCAGGCCCUUCUGUACUGUUCCGUGAGGAGGCUGCCUGAUUUUGGAUUCUCACAAGCAAGUGCACAGGGCUUCCAGUCUCACCUAGGAGAGUUUGUGAGAAGCUUCGAUAAUGGUCUGCUUGGCUCUCGUCAGAGCUGCCCAGGAGCACAUCUACCUGGUGAGGAAGGUCAGUCAUGCUUGCAGAUGCCAUCAACAUCGGGCUUGGGGCUCAAGGCCAGCGGCAUCACAGUCUGCUGUCCAGGGUGCUCCAGGCAGUGUGCUGGAGCUGCUUGGUAAAUCCUACCCUCAGGAUGACCACACUAACCUCACCCAGAAGGUCCUUUCCAAGGUGGGCAGGAACCUGCACAACCAGAAGUUCCACCCUCUAUGGCUGAUUAAGGAGCGGGUAAAGGAACACUUCUACCAGCAGUAUAUGGUGCGAUCCAGGACACCUCUGUUCUCCGUCUAUGACCAGCUUCCUCCAGUGGUCACCACCUGGCAGAACUUUGAUAGCCUGCUAAUCCCAGCUGACCACCCCAGCAGGAAAAAGGGGGACAACUAUUACUUGAAUCGGGCACACAUGCUGAGAGCGCACACAUCAGCGCAUCAGUGGGACUUGCUGCAUGCGGGACUUAAUGCCUUCCUCGUGGUAGGUGACGUGUAUCGUCGUGACCAGAUUGAUUGCCAGCACUACCCGGUUUUCCACCAGCUGGAGGGUGUCCGGCUCUUCUCCAAGCAUGAGUUAUUUGCUGGCGUAAAGGAUGGAGAAAGCUUGCAGCUCUUUGAAGAAGGUUCUCGCUCUGCUCAUAAACAGGAGACACACACCAUGGAGGCUGUGAAGCUUGUGGAGUUCGACCUUAAACAAGUACUGACUAGGCUCGUGACACAUCUUUUUGGAGAUGGACUGGAGGUUCGGUGGGUGGAUUGCUACUUCCCCUUCACCCACCCUUCCUUUGAGAUGGAGAUCAACUUCCAUGGAGAAUGGCUUGAAGUCCUUGGCUGCGGUGUGAUGGAGCAGCAGCUUGUCAAUUCAGCUGGUGCUCAGGAUCGAAUCGGCUGGGCGUUUGGCCUGGGAUUAGAGAGAUUGGCUAUGGUCCUCUACGACAUUCCUGACAUCCGCCUUUUCUGGAGUGAGGACGAGCGCUUCCUGAAGCAGUUCCGCCUGUCAGACAUCAACCAGAGUGUCAAGUUUCAGCCUCUUAGCAAGUACCCCGCUGUGUUCAAUGACAUUUCAUUCUGGCUGCCCUCCGAAAACUACACGGAGAAUGAUUUCUAUGACAUUGUCCGAACAGUCGGAGGAGACCUGGUAGAAAAGGUUGAUCUUAUAGACAAGUUUGAACAUCCAAAGACACACAGGACCAGCCACUGCUACCGCAUUACCUACCGCCACAUGGAACGGACACUGUCCCAGAGAGAAGUCAGCAGUGUCCACCAGGCUGUGCAGGAGGCCGCUGUGCAGCUGCUGGGUGUGGAGGGCCGAUUCUGAUGCGGUGGCAGUCCACAGCCCUCGUAGAGCUGCAGGGAGUACCAGGAAGGGGGAAACACAUUGUUUGUGAACUGGAGUGUCUGCCCUCACUUGAUAGAUGGGUCUGCUUCAGGACUUCAAGAAAUAAAGAAUCACUUUUUAGAAGCA